CCCUCUUGGCUGCGCGCCGGCGCCGCCUGGCGGGAGGAAGGGGAGGUGGCGGGCGCGUUUGCAGGAGGGGCGCACCUCUUCUCUCGCGUACCCCCUGGAAGGUAGACGGAGAAGGGGAGGCGGGCGGACUGGGUGGAGAGAGGAGCGCGCGAUCUAGCCGGCCUGGGGGAGGCAAUGUGGGGGCUGGUACACCCUGCCGUCUAGACAGUCCUAGCCGGGCAGGGGGCGUGUGCGCUCGGCACACCUGCGAGACCACAGAGCUCGGGGCCGGCACGUGUAGAGUGUAGACACGUCCGCUGCACCCGGCUUCUCGCUGCCUCUGGGGAGGGGGGGCGGGCAGGUGCGGCGGGCUGGCUAGUGGGGAGGGGGCGGCGGCCAUGGAGCGGGUGAACGACGCUUCCUGCGGCCCGUCCGGCUGCUACACCUACCAGGUGAGCAGGCACAGCACCGAAAUGCUGCACAACCUGAACCAGCAGCGCAAAAACGGCGGGCGCUUCUGCGACGUGCUCCUGCGGGUGGGAGACGAGAGCUUCCCCGCGCACCGCGCCGUGCUGGCCGCCUGCAGCGAGUACUUUGAAUCGGUGUUCAGUGCCCAGUUGGGCGACGGCGGAGCGGCGGACGGGGGUCCCGCCGACGUGGGAGGCGCGGCGGCGGCCCCAGGCGGCGGGGCCGCGGGCAGCCGGGAGCUGGAGAUGCAUACGAUCAGCUCCAAAGUGUUCGGGGACAUCCUGGACUUCGCCUACACUUCCCGCAUCGUGGUGCGCCUGGAGAGCUUCCCCGAGCUCAUGACGGCCGCCAAGUUCCUGCUGAUGAGGUCGGUCAUCGAGAUCUGCCAGGAAGUCAUCAAACAGUCCAACGUGCAGAUCCUGGUGCCCCCUGCGCGCGCUGACAUCAUGCUCUUCCGCCCGCCUGGAACCUCGGACUUGGGCUUCCCUUUGGACAUGACCAAUGGAGCGGCUUUGGCCGCCAACAGCAAUGGCAUCGCGGGCAGCAUGCAGCCCGAGGAGGAGGUGGCCCGGGCGGCAGGUGCAGCCAUUGCAAACCAAGCCUCUCUGCCUGUGUUACCAGGAGUGGACCGCUUGCCCAUGGUGGCUGGACCUUUGUCCCCCCAACUUCUGACUUCCCCAUUCCCCAAUGUGGCAUCCAAUACCCCUCCCCUGACUGGCAAGCGAGGCAGGGGCCGUCCCAGGAAGGCCAACCUGCUGGACUCCAUGUUCGGGUCCCCAGGGGGCCUAAGAGAGGCGGGCAUCCUUCCGUGUGGCCUGUGUGGGAAAGUGUUCACCGAUGCCACCCGGCUCCGGCAGCACGAGGCCCAGCACGGUGUCACCAGCCUCCAGCUGGGCUACAUUGACCUGCCUCCUCCGAGGCUGGGCGAGAACGGGCUGCCCAUCUCCGAGGACCCCGACGGCCCCCGCAAGAGGAGCCGGACCAGGAAGCAGGUAGCCUGCGAGAUCUGUGGCAAGAUCUUCCGCGACGUUUACCAUCUCAACCGACACAAGCUGUCCCACUCUGGGGAGAAGCCCUACUCCUGUCCCGUGUGCGGACUGCGCUUCAAGAGGAAAGACCGCAUGUCCUACCACGUGCGGUCCCAUGAUGGGUCCGUGGGCAAGCCUUACAUCUGCCAGAGCUGUGGGAAAGGCUUUUCCAGGCCUGAUCACUUGAACGGACAUAUCAAGCAGGUGCACACCUCUGAGCGGCCUCACAAGUGUCAGACCUGCAAUGCUUCCUUCGCCACCCGAGACCGUCUCCGCUCCCACCUGGCCUGUCACGAAGACAAGGUGCCUUGCCAGGUGUGUGGGAAGUACUUGCGGGCAGCGUACAUGGCGGAUCACCUGAAGAAGCACAGCGAGGGGCCCAGCAACUUCUGUAGCAUCUGUAACCGAGGUUUCUCCUCUGCCUCCUACUUAAAGGUCCAUGUUAAAACCCACCACGGUGUUCCCCUUCCCCAGGUCUCCAGGCACCCGGAGCCCAUCCCGAAUGGGGGAGCAGCGUUCCACUGCAUCAAGACCUAUGGCAACCAAGAAGGCCAGAAAUGCUCACAUCAGGAUCCGAUUGAGAGCUCCGACUCCUAUGGUGACCUCUCAGACGCCAGCGACCUGAAGACGCCUGAGAAGCAGAGCGCCAAUGGCUCUUUCUCCUGUGACAUGGCGGUCCCCAAAAACAAAAUCGAGUCGGACGGGGAGAAGAAGUACCCGUGCCCUGAAUGUGGGAGCUUCUUCCGCUCCAAAUCCUAUUUGAACAAACAUAUCCAGAAGGUGCACGUCCGGGCCCUUGGGGGCCCGCUGGGAGACCUGGGCCCGUCCCUGGGUUCGCCUUUCUCUCCCCAGCAGAACAUGUCUCUCUUGGAGUCCUUUGGAUUUCAGAUAGUUCAGUCGGCAUUUGCAUCAUCUCUAGUUGAUCCUGAGGUUGACCAGCAGCCCAUGGGGCCUGAGGGCAAAUGAAGAGACACGUGCCCUCCCACCACCAGAGACUGCCCUCUGGGGACUGCUGAGAAGUGCUGUGAAUGCGGAGGGCAGGGAUGUCUUUGGGUUCUGUAGCUGAGAGAUUUUUAUUCGUUUUUUAACACUCCCUAACCCUGUCAUCCUGCUGCCCUUUCUACUAGCCAGGUCCCCCCAAAAAUGGUCUUUAGAAUAUAGAUUCUCAUCUGAUGCCCUGUGGAAAUUAUCUGCGAGCCCAGUGUGUGAUGAGGGCAGAAAACACUACAUAGAUCUCUGCAGUCAACAUCAAUACCGGUUUCUGUGAUCAGUGGAAGCUGGAAUUGGUGGUGUCUCCCAAAACUGAACCCAACCCCAUGGCAUUCUGGGACCUCAGUGAUUUCGGUCCGUUUCCCCCUACCCCGCCACCCCCGCUACUUCUCUAAGGUCUUAACUCCUUUUUUUCCCUGCCCACAUCCCUCAAAAGAAACCAUGGUAGGAUUUCCACCCACUUACACAACGCUCACGCCCAACUGUUUUCAAAGAAAGCCGGAAACCUACAGCAGCUUGUGGACCAUGGGGUGAAGGCAUGUGUCCCCUGAGCUCUCAGCCCUUGGCCUGGAGGUUCCUACACUUUCCAGAGCCAAUAUUUUACCGCUAGGACUGAGCUCAACUGUUGGGGUCACCUCACCCUAAAUUCCAGUUCUUACAUGAAUCUAAUCAUUCAUCUUGCUGUUGGGUUUUAGUUCUCUAAUUAUUAUUAUUAUUGUUAUUCUUUUUUUAGGACCAGUUGUAGUGAAUUGCUACUGAAAGCUAUCCCAGGCGAUACAGAGCUCUUUGUAAACCGCAGUCACACGUUAGGGUUAGUGUUAAACCUUGUUUAGAUGUACCAUAAUUAACUUGGGCUAGUCAAUCGUUUUAAGUCUAUGGAAGAAAUAGUUUUAUGCAAAAUUUAAAAAAAGGAAAAAAAAAAGCAAGCCAGUCUCAUCAGGGAGGUAUGAGUUGGGAUGUGGCUGGGAACCUGGAAGGUGGGCGAGCCAGCAGGUGGGGACAUUGUAUACCUCGAUGUGUCACCUUUGAGCAAGCCCAGGUUGACUCUAUGAUGUGAAUUGAUCUGAUUAGACUAUUAAAAACAUUAGUACAUUA